UGCAUGCUGCCACCUGCUUGUUUGCUGCCACCGACAGUUGCAGUCCAAGCUUCCUAUCUCAACCCCAUCCCAAAUUCACGUUGCUGCCUGUCUACUGGGGCUUUAAUACUGGCGCUGUAGACAACUUUGUACUCGUAGCACUACUUGCUUGAUAUUCCAGCUUCACAAGCUGUCCUUAUCCCCCCCGACACAGACACCACUGACGAGCCGAGCUCCCAUCCCCGUCGAACCGCCCCCAGAAAGAACAACACCACCAUUAACAAUGGAGGCGGCCUCGGCGCGAUACGCGGCAAGGGACCGCUGGGGAGACCCGGGUCACCCGGCGCCGUCACAGCUUCUACGAUACAUUGCUUCGGCCUGCAGUCCCGAGAACUACGAACCCAACCUCGCGCUCAAUCUCGAGAUCAGCGACCUCAUCAACGCCAAGAAGGGCUCAGCCCCGCGCGAGGCGGCCGUGGCCAUUGUCAACUACAUCAACCACCGCAACCCCAACAUUGCCAUGCUGGCUCUGAACCUGUUGGACAUAUGCGUCAAGAACUGCGGCUACCCUUUCCACUUGCAAAUCAGCACCAAGGAGUUCCUGAACGAGCUGGUCCGCCGCUUCCCUGAACGCCCGCCUAUCCGCCCGACCCGUGUCCAGCUCAAGAUCCUCGAGCUGAUAGAAGAAUGGCGCGGUACGAUUUGCGAGACGAGCAGGUACAGGGAGGACUUGGGGUUCAUUAGGGAUAUGCACCGGUUAUUGAGUUAUAAGGGGUAUACGUUCCCGGAGGUCAGGAGGGAGGAUGCGGCCGUGUUGAAUCCUAGCGAUAAUUUGAAAUCGGCAGAGGAGAUGGAAAAGGAGGAGAGGGAAGCCCAGUCGGCCAAGCUACAAGAGCUGAUUCGCAGGGGCACCCCUGAGGACCUUCGCGAGGCCAACCAACUGAUGAAAAUUAUGACGGGUUACGAUACAAGAUCGAAGGUCGACUACCGCGCCAAAGCGGCGGAGGAGGUGGCCAAAAUUCAGCAGAAGGCGAGGUUGUUGGAGGAGAGGUUAGCGCAGUUUAAGCCCGGUGAUAAGAUGGCGGACGGUGAUGUGUUCUCGGAGCUCGCCUCAGCCCUGUCCAGCGCCCAACCAAAGAUCCAGAAAAUGUGUGAGGAAGAGUCGGAAGACCACGAAGCUGUUGCGAAGCUGCUGGAAAUUAACGAUGCCAUUCACCGGACUUUCCAGAGAUACAGGCUGCUGAAGAAGGGAGACUUUGAGGGUGCUGCCAAGUUGGCCGACCCCAAUUUCACCCCAUCUGGGAGUGCUGGUGGGAAGGGCGCAGCCGGCGAGCUGUCUUUGAUUGACUUUGACGACGCUGCGGCAGACACAAACGGUUCUGGCAGUCAAGGGGCAUCUCAAGCUUCCGGAUCUGGUCUUGAAAAUGACCUCCUAGGCCUGUCCUUAGGGGAAACGAGCAGCUACGGCCAAACGGGCGGUAUUGCUUUGGGUUUUGGUGCCAAUACUAAUAUCCCUGGCCCGGCUCUUUUGUCUUCGGUUACACAAAACAACAGCGCUGGAGGGAACUACAGCGUAUCGACAUCAACCUCACCAGCACCACCCCCUGGCUUCUCAAACUUUUCCGCCUUCAGCUCGGCGCCCUCGUCUAAGACGGCCACCCCAAAGCCUGUCAGCUCGGCGUUCUCACCGCCCGCCUCCAAACCAGUUUCCAACGAUCCCUUUGCCCAACUGGCCUCUCUUGGCUCCAAGCCAGCGACACCCACGCCAGCGGCACCCCAAAACAACGACGAUGACGAGUGGAGUUUCUCCUCGGCCCUCCCACCAGAAGCUCCCGCCCAGCCCAGGGAGCACACGGCCGUCAUCAACAACACCAAUCUCAAGAUUGACUUCAAGGCCUUCCGAGCGGCAGAGGGACAACCACCGGUGGAUUUGCUCAUGCUGUUCAGCAACAACACUCCCUUCCCAGUAACGGAACUGCACUUUCAACUAGCAGUGACCAAGGGCUAUGAGUUACAACUCACGCCACAGUCCGGCCGUAAUCUCUUGCCAAAACAAAUCAACGGGGUCAAACAGGAGGUCAAGGUGUGGCGCUCGGGGGACAAGUUGCAGAAGGUGGAAAAGAUCAAGCUGCGGUGGAGGGUGAGCUACAAGCUGAAUGGGGAGGUGAAGAACGAGAUGGGGGAGGUGCCGGAGUUUAGUAUUCCGUAGACGGUCCAGCGGUGGUGGAAAGUGAGGGUCUGGCGCGUCGUGGUCUGUGUUGUAAUAUCCGGGAUUGAGCCAGGAACGGAACAUGACGCAUGUUGAUAGUUGAAGCGGAGAGCGCGGAGGCUGAAAAAGCGAUUACAGUUGGUGUUUUCGAGACCUGCGGGUGUUGGAAUUACAAGACGUCUCUUUUUUUUCUUCCUCUUCUCUUGUUGCCAGAUGGACCUGCCCCUAUUUAUAAUACCUAAUUGCAGUGACUGCAACGGUAGGGCAGUGUGAGCGGUGCUGUCAUGGCAUGGUCUCAGGGCCGGGCCCCUUCCUCAUUUUUACUCAAUGGCACCUAAACACCAUCCUCGUCAUUCGAGCAUGACCUCUUCAUACUUGCUCGGAAGCCUUGCCGCUAUCCCGCAAGACAAUGCUGAAUCAUCUCAACUCGAAUAUAUUAACUGGACA